CUUUUUGUAAACCAAAGAAAGAUUCUCAACACCAUAGAAAAUGUUUCCACAGUGAUGCAAUUUGUUCUGAUAGGAUUUUCAGACCUUCCCAACCUCCAAGGAUUUAUAUUUGCAGUGUUCUCUACUAUAUAUAUUAUUAUCCUGACUGGAAAUUUCCUCAUAAUAGUAAUAACCAGUAUAGACCCCGCAUUACAGAAACCCAUGUAUUUUUUCCUGGCAAAUUUCUCCUCUCUGGAAAUCUGUUACGUAUCAGUUAUUGUCCCAAGGAUUCUGUUCAACAUUGAGAUGCAGGACAGAAGCAUUUCAGCGAUAUCCUGUGCCACUCAGUUGUGCUUGUUCCUUAUUUUUGGAACUACUGAAUGUGUGCUGCUGGCUGUAAUGUCCUAUGACCGCUAUGUGGCCAUCUGCAACCCUCUGCAUUACAUUCUGAUCAUGAACCCAACGAAGUGCACUCAGCUGGCAGUGGGAUCCUGGCUCGCUGGCAUUCCAAUACAGAUAGGACAGACAUGUCAGAUUUUCUCUCUGCACUUCUGCAAUUCAAACAAAAUAGAACACUUCUUCUGUGAUAUACCCCCCAUUCUCAAGCUAGCCUGUGGGGACACUUCAGUGCACGAGCUGUCUGUCUAUGUGGUUGUUAUGGUGGUGGCUGCAUUCCCCUUCAUACUGGUCCUUGCAUCCUACAGCAAAAUCAUUGCCACCAUUCUGAGGUUGCCAACAGCCAAAGGGCAGGCAAAAGCCUUCUCCACAUGCUCUUCCCAUUUGCUGGUGGUGGUUCUGUUUUAUGGAUCAGCUACAGUUACCUACCUGAGACCAAAGCCCAUGCAUUCUCCUGGAACUGACAAACUGCUGUCUCUGUUUUACACAAUUGUGACUCCCAUGCUCAAUCCACUGAUAUACAGCCUCAGGAACAAGGAGGUGAUUGCAGCUCUAAAAAGGUUAUUUCUCAAGGAAUAG